AUGGUGGGCGAUGCUUUUGGUGUGAACGUGACCUAUGACGAACCUGAAGAUUUUGAUGGGGAAGAGUUUCCGAAUGAGGAAGCGCAAAUAUUUUGCCAGUUGUUGAAUGAGAUGAAUACGCCGUUGUUUGAGGGUUCGUUGGACUCAAAGUUAUCAAUGUGUGUGAGAUUAUUGGCUGCCAAGCAAAAUUGGAACAUUUCUGAUCAGUGUUUGUAA